AUGGCGAGGAACCCCCUCCUUGCGUCGCUUCUCCUCCUGAUGCUCCAUACAUCAUCGCCGUUCAUGUCACCCCUCAGUGCUCGCAUGAUGUGGAAGACAGGGUCUGCCUGCAGAAGGGCAAUGCUCCUCCUCAUGGAACCUCCCCGAAGGGUGCAGGGAGGAGGGGGGUUCCCAAUAACUCCUCUGCAAGACUGGAAUGAGAUUGAGCGACGAGUUCCAUUGGGAACAUGUUCUGCAGGGAACACAGAGCAAGGUACGAGUGACUGGGUCCUGCUCACAGACAAGAGGUCGACUCUGAGAGAAAUCUUCGAUGUCGAGUUGAGAAGCACCCUGGGCGCUGUGGAGGUGGAAUGGGGAGUCUGGUCGUUGAAAGCGAGGCCGGGUCAAGAUGAGCUUCGGUCCCUUGCAUGCAGUCGAGCACUUGUGCGUGUGCUUGUCGGACCAUGCAGAGACGCUGAUGAGAUCUGCGAGGCAGUUGGGGACUCGUCGCUCUGCCUCGGGGAUACGACCAGUUGGACGAUGCACCACGAGAGGAUAUCGGACUGCCAGCAUGCGGGAGCCAAGGUAAGAACCUCGGAGAUCGUCUGCUCGCUUGCUCGCAAGAUCAAGGGUGGAGAGGCUCUCCCUCACUCCAACGUGCACCUUCGCUUCAUCCUGCUGGAGUGUGCUUCAGGCCUCUCCCUCGGGCUGGGGUACUGGUCACGGCAGGAUGAGAGCUUCCUGGACUUUCGCGGCAGCAAGCCCUUCACCUUCAACGCUGCGCUGGAGCCCGACGUAGCUACCGCCGUCAUCAACGUGCUCAGGUCAAGAUGCAGAGUGCAGGCAGCAGCAGGAGGCUGGGGGGUUGUGAAUGCUUGCUCGGGGUCGGGGACAUUGUUGUUUGCAGCGCUGAAAGGGGGCGCGAGUUGGGUUCUAGGCGUUGACAAGAAUCUGAGAUGUGUUGAGGGCGCAAUAGAGAACCUAGAGUACUUUGGGUAUCAAACGUCUCUGCUAGAUCAGGAGAACGUCGAGGAGAGGGUACGAGCUGUGAAAGAUGGCGGAGAAGCAUUCUUGAUACACGGCGAUCUUGAGGGCCUUGGGGAGAAGGAAGCCAUGAUUGGUAAGAUUUUGCAUGAGAAGGGGAACACGAUCGGAAUCGUAGCAGAUCUUCCGUUCGGAAAGAACCUCGUUACACACGAGGAGGCGUUGCGGGCGAUUGUGCGGGGGGUCCGGAGGAUAGCAGGAGAACAGGUCGUCUGCCUGAUAUCAGGAGAUGACAUAUCAGCUCUCAUACUUGAUAAUGACUUUGACAUCAUCGAGCAAGCAAGAUCGUUCAAUGGGAAACAUUAUGUUCUGUACAUGACCUUUGCACUUGCAAGAUGCGGAAGUUCAGUCGAGGACACCUCCUGA